AUGAUGGACGAUAGUGGAAUAGACAGUGAUACUACAAAGCGCCAUAAAACCACAAUCGAAGAAAAUGACAGAAACAGUGACGAGGAUAGCAACACAAGUGAUUGCUCGAUGAGAGUUACAAAACCUUCUUUUUUUCAGAAAAAAUUGGAACAAUAUGCUAAACCAGGCAUGAUGGAAUACAACCAAAUGGCUGUUCCGACCAGUAAAUCGUCCAAGAUAGAUAAAUUGCCAGUGUUGGUAGACUGGGAUUCAUCUGACAGUGAAAUGGAAAUACGUUUUUUUCCCGGACCAAAGGCUAGACAAACAUUGAGUGAUACUUUCAGUCUACAAGAAUUUCAUGGAUCUAUAGAAUCUGAAGAUUUAGAUUUGAUACCACCACAACAUACAACUAAAACCGAUAAUCAAUGUUGCAGUUUGGUUUUGCAGAGGUGUGCAAUUCUUUGA